GUCGAGGUUGGGCUCGGCGGCGCUGCUCGAGGGUCCUUCCAGCGUGUGCCGGGCACGGAAGUAAUCGCGGUCGGAGAACCUUUUUUUCCUCAGAGAUUGUGCCAAAAUGGAACGAGACUGCAUGGCCAAAAUCAACAAUUAUUGCCAAAAGAAUAAAUGUACACUGUCUUAUUUUGAUGUCCAGAUGACUGGCCCUUCUCAUGAUCCUGAAUUUACAGUUAUGGUUAAAAUAAAUGAUGAAGAAUAUGGCAUAGGCACUGGUAAAACUAAGAAAGAAGCAAAAGCAGCAGCAGCAAAAAAAUCAUGGGAAAUGAUAGAAGAAAAGCAGAGUAGAUGUUCAAAUAUGCAAAGUCCAGAAUUAAUGAUACCUCCGGUGACCUUAUUACGUGCGCCAACAGCCGAAAUGCUGCCUUCAAUUGACUAUGUCAGCUGGCUAAAUACAUUUUCACAAAAGAAAUUGCAAAUAGUUUCUUAUAAUAUAAAUGCAUUUGGUGGAGGUGACCAUGCUUCCAGAUUUUUAUGUACUUGUACAAUUAGUGGUCAUGUUUAUGGACAGGGCACUGGAAUUUCUCAAGCUGCUGCAAAACAAGCUGCUGCAAAAGAAGCAUAUGAGAAGCUAAAUGAACAAAGAGAUCUAACAGAGGAAAGGGAAACAUCUAACAUCAGUUCCACAACUAGCAAAUCUAGUAAUUUCUGUGGAAGGUUAAGUUUGUCUGACUCAAAUGGUAUUUGUUUUGAAGACUCAGUUGCAAGCUUGACAGGAAAAGUGAAAAACAUGGUAACAAAUGAAAAGCCUUUAUCUUUUCAGAGAAAUGCUCGAAGUUCUGGUCUGAAGUUCAGAAGAAAACUGGCAGCUAAAUUUGAUAAAGCAAGAAACGAUGAAGAAAGUACGUCAGAUUUGGAUGAAAGUUUGUCAGAUUUGGACACAAAUGAAAGUGAGGAGGGUAAAAAUGCAUACACUGAGGAUAAAAGAUUUCUUCAGGAUUUUAAAAAUAUAGAGCCUAUUGGUGAAGGUGGUUUUGGGAAUGUUUUUAAAGCAACAGCAAGGAUUGCUGAGAAAACCUAUGCAGUCAAACGAGUUAAGCUCACAGGGAAUGUAAUGCGUGAAGUGAAAGAACUUGCAGGACUUGACCAUGAAAACAUUGUGCGAUAUUACAGUAGUUGGAAAGGGAAUGACUAUGUAACUUAUCCAGACUCAAGGCAGAGAUCAUCCUCAAAACGUAAGUGUCUUUUUAUCCAAAUGGAAUUAUGUGAGCAAGGGCCACUGGAAAACUGGAUUGAAAAUAAUCGAGAAAAACGAAACUAUCAGGAGAUGGCACAAGACAAGUUUUUACAAAUAGUGAAAGGAGUAGAAUAUAUUCAUUCUAAAGGGUUAAUUCAUCGAGACCUCAAGCCUCAGAAUAUAUUCAUAUCAAAUGAAGAUAAAAUAAAAAUAGGUGACUUUGGGCUUGUGACUUCUGAAGAGUACAACCCUCUGACUGAAAACCGAGGAACAAAAUCGUACAUGGCACCAGAACAGUUUGGAGACAAAUAUGGAAAGGAAGUAGAUAUUUAUGCACUUGGAUUAAUUUGGUUUGAAAUUCUUUCUGCAUUAGCCAGUCAUCAUGAGAAAAAUAAGAUAUGGAAAGAUGUUAAAGAAGGUAACUUUCCAGGGAGCUUCACUGAGAAAUUUGCAACAGAGGCGCCCAUGAUCAAAAAGAUGCUUUCAAGAGACCACCAAAGACGACCUUCUGCAUCUCAAAUACUUCAAUUUCUUAAGUCUGUUGAUAAACACAAUCCACUUAAAGCUCAUAGUUACUAAAUGCCAUUUUAAAA